AUGGCCAAGAACAAGCGUCGCGCCUCCGGGCAACCCUCUCGUUCCCCUUCGGGGGCUUAUUCUGGUGGUCCUGUUUCUUCCACCAUUUCUUUGCAAGUCCCAGGGGGUGGUGUCCCCUGGGCAUUCAUCGCUUUUCUUUUGGCUUCGGCCUCUUUGUUUGCCUUCGGGCUCUAUCUGGUCGUUUUGUCGGGCCGGAUGGAGGUGGUGUUUAACACCUACCUUUUAGACAACUGGAAGGAGCUGGAUUGUGGGGUCGGACCGGGAACUGUCGGGGCUCGGAAGCCCUCGGGUCUCCUCCGAAAGGAGGUGAUCUGGGUGGCACCGGCCUUUGGCAGUUCCUGGCUCCUUACCUACUUCGUUCUCGCCGCUUCGUACCUUCUCCGACGCACCAGCUUAAGUCAAUGGAUCUCCGGCGGUUUCGGUCUUGUUUCAAUCUCGGUCGCAGUCACGCUCUCUUUCUACAAGCAAAUUCCGGCCUGCCUAGUCAUCUUCAUCUUUGCCGUUGUUUGUAUCUUCUGGCAGAUUUCCUGGUUUGAUUCUAGGCAUUUUUCGAGAGCCGUAGCGUUCACCAUAAGCAAAACUCGACUGUGGACCUUGGUUGCGCUGAGUUUCUUUGCUAGCUCGGUCACGAUUUUAUCAUACGCCGGUUUUCUUACGAUUUUGUACAGUUUGAGACAUGUUUGGGAAUUGAUGAUUCCUUCAUGCACCAAAGAUCGGGAUUUGUUUUCGUCAAGGUUCAUGGUAGUCGUUUUUGUUGUAUCGAUCGUGACAUACUGGAUUACGCAUGUAGUAUCUUCUUUUGCGCAGACACUCGGAGCCUUGGCCACGAAAAAUCAGCUACUUCACAAUGUCCGGCGAGAAUCGGGACAAUCACCGAUGCGCAGAGCACGAGCCCGGACAGGGUUCAAAUCGAUUUACAAUAGCGUUUGCUGUGGUGCUGGACUCGUUUCUUCCUUGGCUUUCCUGAAAGAUUUUGCAUUGAGUCUGGGCCAAAAUUUAACACUUUUACCUGAAAGCUCUUCCCGUUUUUCAACUACCGCUUGCUUGGUGGGGCUUUUGACGUAUCUCGGACCAUUUUACACCGCUGUUGAUAUGAAAAUUUCUGAUUGGACCUUUUCGAUGAUUGCCCUUGAUUCCACUUCAUAUUGGCAGGCUAACAAAUCCGGUGUUGCCUUGAUGUCAGCAACUGGUUUGGACAUUCUCAAAGACUCUGGAUUGUUCCAAAUGAUUGCGUACUUCCCCGUUGCGAUUGGUGUGAUCAGCGCUAUUUCGACGUUCCUAUUCGUCACCCUCAUGCCUCACCAUCUCGUGAAAAUCGACGACCUUCUAGAACCCGAAAUUCUGUUGGCUUUCGCUUGCUUUGCAGGAUCACAAAUUGCGAGAGCUGCAUUUGCUCCAUUCAAGGGAGCUAUGUGUACCAUUUUCGUUAUGAUGGCAAGAGAUCCAGCUGUUUUCCAGGAACAUCAAGGACAGAUUUGGACUCGCUUGGAGGAGCUUCACCCGGGUAUUGCCGAGACGUUGUUGAAAUGA